AUGAACGUUGCGCCACUGGCAAGGCGGCCUUUGGGCUGUCUUAAGGCAAGCCUACGCCGGACGAGGCAACAAAAGUCCAUGUUCACCCGGCACAUGGCCUCUGAAGCAGCCCAGACGACGACGACGACGGCGACGAAGACACCACCACCAGAGCACGGUUUCUUCCGCCUCACCGACCGCAAGACCAAAACGCUCCGCUCCGCCUUCGCCGUCUACCCCUCCACGACAGUAGCCGGCGCCAACACGCUGGCGCCGCCGCCGGUCAACGCGCUGCAGGCGCUGCACGAGGCGCAGAUCAAGCGGAUGGACCCGACGGGGGCGCGGACGGCGCUGUUCGCCAAGACGCGCGAGGCGGCCAAGGUGGGCGACGUGCUGAUGGUGACGCACCGGCGCGGCGGCGAGCCGUUCGCGGGCGUGUGCCUGUCGAUCCGCCGCCGCGGCAUCGACACGGCCAUCCUGCUGCGCAACCACCUGGCCAAGGUCGGCGUCGAGAUGUGGUUCAAGAUCUACAACAAGAACGUCGCGGGCAUCGAGGUCGUCAAGAGGCAGCGCAAGCGCGCCCGCAGGGCCCGCCUCACCUACAUGCGCAAGCCCAAGCACGACUUUGGGAGUGUCGAGGAUUUGGUCUUUGCCUGGAAGCGGUCGCGGAAGGUGUUCUCUACGGGCAAGCCUGCGGCCGGCGCGGCAAAGGCAAAGGCGAAAGGGAAGGGCGCGGCUGCGAAGAAGAAGUAG